ACUCCAUCAAUGUCAUUUGGUAUUUUAGAAAAUAUAAACAAAUACCGAAAAAUUUAAAAUUCAUCUGUAUUAAAUUGUUAAAUAUUAAAUAUGAGUUCUGAUAUUCAAGGAGACGAUUGGGAUUUACCAUGUUCGGAUGACGAGCUUUCAAAAUGCGGUAUAACAAUCGGAAAAAGUUGGAUGCCAGACCCAAAUGAACUGGAAGAACUUUAUAAGACAAUAGAGAUAAAAGGAACAUUGAAUUUAGAGUGGAAAUGUCCCGGGCGACGGGCUCCUUCACCCGUAGCAGUGAGCCAAGAGAAUCAACCCGAAGCGAUGCAAACCUCGCCAGUUAGGGAAGAGAAAUCGGACUUUGACUUCAUGGAUGAGAUGGUGCACAAUUCUCUUCAUUUGCGAGUAAGAAGGGAAGGAGAAGAUACGCUUAGAGGCUCAGCUAAGAAGAAAACCACUUCGUUUGAUGGUAUUUUAUCAAACAUGAUAAGGCACAAGAGGAUUGAGCAAUUGGAAAAGCAAGCCACAACACCAACUUCGCAAUCAAAUAGUACUUGAUAUUAUCUCAGCGAGUGAUAUAAGCAAGUAAAAGGGUUGGAUAUUACAUAUAUUUUGAAGGUGAUGAUCAUUGAAGAACUUAAAAGCCAGGCGUAUUAUAUUUAAUACAUAAGGGAAGGGCCUAUAUUCCCAAUAUUAUAAGAUUGUAUUUUAUUUAAGAAAGCUUAUGCAAAGUCUGUUAUGCCUGUAACAUUUCCUGUAUGAUGAUAUGUUGGAACAUGGCUGAUAUAUAAUUUAUUUGAUUAUAUGAGUAAAUUAAUCUCUUCAAAAGAAGUAACUGAUGGCUGACUGAGAUUCCUCAAAAAUAAACAUUUACACUAUUCACAUUGAUUCAACAUCCUGGGGCUUAAAUUUUUUAAAGACUCAGUUUAUACAAUAAUUCAAUUACAAUUAAUGAU